UCUACCUUUCCCAGUGUCACCAGGGAGUGAGUAGAAAUAAAGCUCCUAUCCCACCUCUUGGGAUUGUCCCCUGCCCUGGAAGGCCCAUAAUCUCCUUGCAUGUCAGCCUCUUCUCCUCAGAAGUGAUUAAGGGGCCAGGCUCCAAAGCAGAUUAAAGGAACAGUCUAUGGGGUGCUCUGGGCAGGGGUACUCUACUGAGUUCAACCACCCUGCACUCCAAGAAUCAGCACCCAUGGCCCUUGUGCCAGGGAGCAGCGAGGAUGGGCCUUGGCCUAGAGAUAGCCCAGGCUCCUCCCAGCAACCAGAAAGUCCUAGACUGACCAACCCUCUCUGGGAGGACAGAGGAGAAAUUGGCCAGGUUGAAGGUCGCCAGGAUGUUCAGGUUGUCUGUCAAAAGACCCACCUCCCCUCCAUCGUGGUGGAAGCCUCUGAGGCUGAGGCGAGUGAAGAGAGUGGGGAGCUCCGGUGGCCACACGAGGAGCUGCAGCUGCUCACUGAUGAUGAGGAAGAGGAGGUUGAGGUCUUCUUCCAGGACCAAAGUGAAGAACCAGGCUGGACUUGGAGCUCACUGGACCCCAAAUCUCCCUUAAGAACCUUUAACCCAGAACUCAGCUGGGGGCAGGAACAGGUAGAUCAAGAUGCCUCCUGGAUUCCAGAGGAGACAGAUUGUCAGGAAGCCCCCAAUCCCUGUCCUCUCUGGGACUCAGCAUCAGGUUCCUGUGUCUGCAGAAGCUGCUUUGUGGAAUAUUCCCAUUUCCUGCCUCCCAGGAGCUUUGAGGGAGCUGAAGAAGAAGCUGUUCAAGCGACGGCGGGUGUUGAACCGGGAGCGGCGACUGAAGCACCAGGUGGUCGGGGCUGUGAUAGACGAAGGGCUGAUCACGAGGCACCACCUCAAGAAGCGGGCGUCCAGUGCACGUGCCAACAUUACUCUGUCUGGGAAGAAGCGCAGAAAACUCCUCCAGCAGAUCCGGCUUGCCCAGAAAGAGAAAGCAGCCAUGGAGGUGGAAGCCCCCCUCAAGUCAGCCAGGACUAGUGAACCACAGCCCAAAUCAAAAAAGAAGACAAAAGCCCCCCAGGAUGUAGACAUGGAGGACCUUGAAGAUAAGAGCUAAAUCUCACACCCCUUCCACCAGAAGAUUCUCAGCUGGAGCCAGGAGGACUCGAUGGUUAUUUCAGAGGACUUUGGAGAAAGCGUUGCUCCUUUUCACUGUCCCCAGAUUCCUCUUCCCUAAUGGCCUAGUGACCUGCCCUGGAGGGAUGUAUUGAGAGGAAGAGGGUAGAAAAGAAAGAUUGGAGAGGGGGUCCUAAGCAGUCAACUCCAUUUGUGAUAAAGCCCUAGCAUUCUCACUGAGAUGUGUGUGAUUAAAUGUAGGAAUGGGGAUAGGCCAUGAGAAGGGGCUGUGAGUGUGGAAACAAGACAACUGGGAAACAGGACCCACAGUUCUUACUUGACCAAAGGCAACAAGAAGCCAUCCUCCAUGAUGGCCCUGUCUCCCCGAUGAGUGACACUCCAACUUUCCAUUUCUGACAAAAAUAAGGUGUUCUGUAGAGAUGGCAGAGGAGGUAAGGGUCUUGAUACUGGCCCUGCCUGCUCCCCUGUGUGAGCAGGGUGGGCAAGUGACCGUGGUUGUCUCUGCUUCCUUUGCUGGAUUAUAUUUUUAAUAAAGUGAAGAUUAUUUUUCCCUUUUAA